CAUUUGAAUUUUGGUCACGAUUUGCUUCCAUAAUCUAUAGCAACGCAACCAUCAUCGACACACAAACAUAAGACAAUAACACAAAACCACCUGUCCAUGAAUCAGAUGAUCCGAAGUAGCGCACGCCCAAACAGCGUCUCUAAUCCCCUGGCCAUCUUCAGCUUCGAUAUUUAAAGGAGUACCUUGGAAUUUGUCAAGCAUCUGGUCUCUCUAAACAACAAUCAAUCAGUAAAAUUGUUGAACACAUUCUUCUCCACAAUGGAUGUCUUAUCAGGAAAGGGUAAUCCAGCAUCUUCUCUUAAACAUGUUUCCAAAAACGUAUUAACCCUUAAAUCACCCAGACUUCCUGUCUCCGGAUUUCCCUCCCUGAUCAAACUCAUCUCCAUUGUAUCAAGAAUCUCAGAUAGAAGCCUGUAAAAGAUACCCACCCUUCCCCAACUCCUUUUCUGCAAAUUGUAAGCUUGUCUCAGGAUGUUCCUUAACAAUGAACAAAGCAGCUUACAGGUAAACCACUAUUAAAACACAUAAAUUCUAAUUGCAGUACAUGCAAACAUUGUAUUACAUGACACCACAGGGUGACAGUGUCAAGGCGUGUUUUUUUUUUUUUCCCCAUCUUGCUUUUUCUGUCAGCCUCCUCCCACUGUUGCUGCAGGGUGAAAGUGUAUAAAUUCUACUUGACCAGCUCUGCUUGGUAAUGUUAAUGUCAAAGACGACACUCUGGAAUGAUGGCAGAAUUCAAAAGUUGGUUGUUUUGGCGGGCAGUUAUGGCAGAGUUGGUUGGCAUGAUCCUUUUUAUUUUCAUUGGCAUUUCUUCAGCCAUAGGGAACAAAAAUGCCUCAAACCCAGACCAGGAGGUAAAGGUGGCCUUAGCGUUUGGACUGGCCAUCGCCACCCUGGCCCAGAGUCUGGGACACAUCAGUGGAGCCCACCUGAACCCUGCAAUCACUCUGGGCCUGCUGGUCAGUUGUCAGAUCAGUUUCCUCAGAGCAGCGCUCUACAUUCUCGCACAGAUGCUGGGUGCCAUCAUAGCUAGUGCUAUUAUAUAUGGUAUCGACCCAAAUUCAUCACUAGGGGUCAAUUCGCUAAACAACAUCAGUGCAGGCAAAGGUUUUGCCAUAGAAUUCCUAGCCACACUCCAACUGGUCCUGUGUGUCAUUGCUGUCACUGAUAAAAGGCGUAACGAUGUCACUGGGUCUGCACCCCUGGCGAUCGGCCUGUCUGUGGGUCUAGGGCAUCUCGCGGCUAUUAGUUUCACUGGCUGUGGAAUAAACCCAGCAAGAUCCUUUGGGCCAGCGUUGAUUAUGGAGUAUUUUGACAAUCAUUGGGUGUACUGGCUGGGGCCCAUGUGUGGAGGCAUAGCGGCAUCUCUUCUCUACGACUUCCUCUUUUAUCCUCGAAGUGAUAACUUCAGCAACCGCUGGAACGUCCUGUCCAGCGGUGAGGAAGUGGAGACUGCUGCCCCCGACGUUUCUGUGGAUGGCAGCAGCAGCCCAGUACCCAGUCAGUGGCCCCGACACUGAGGGUCUGUAUUUGGUCUUGUCAUCUGAUCUGCUGUAGAUGUUCUACUUAUCGCAGGGAUGGAAUAUGAAUGUGCGCUCACUGUCUAUCUCUGCCGUGCUUGUUUUUUUAUUGAGCUAUUUUGUCAAGCGUUACAUGCCUGUGAUAUUUUGGGUCCUUCAUUUGGGUCCCACUGUUAUGAAGAAUUGAAGAAAAUUGUCUGAAUAAAGAGUGUGUUUUUCAUUUA